UUCCAUUCUUUUUUUUUCCUAUACAUCCUGAAAUCCAUCUGGGAGAAAUAUUGUUUUUCCACCAAUAUUUCUUUGGUUCGGUUUCUAAGCGCCUUCAUUUUCUACAGGAAAAUUACCGACGAAUCCCUGGUAUUUUCAUUUGGUCCUCACGAUCCGGAUAAGCUUAAGCCGAAAUUUCUGUUCCAGUUUGGAUUAACAACUUUACUUAUAUUUCCUUUUUCAUCAAACUUGAGAACACAAUGUCCAACAGAUCGCCAUCCCGUGCACGAUCAGUAAUUCGUUCCAGCGUGGAGAAGCAGCGUCCGGCAUAUUCUUGCCAUGUAUGUAAAAGUCGCCAUCCGUUACGCCUCUGCAGAAAAUUUCUCGGAAUGAGCAUCUCGGGUCGUGUCAGCGCUGUCGAGAAAUACAAAUACUGCAGGAACUGUCUUGCACAUGAACAUUCUCACGGCAGUUGCUUCUCAUCGCAGGGUUGCAAGAAGUGCCACAAGCGGCACCAUACGUUGCUCCACUCGUCGGCUGAACGUACCCAACGUCAGCGACGCCCUCAAACCGAAGAUCGCUCCCAACCCGAAGGUCGUUCCCAAUCCGAAGGCCGUUCUUGCCCCGAAGUUACGCCAUCGACUUCCCGAAGCAUUUCCCACCAGACGCUCUCCUCGUUUAUGCGCCAAAACACUGUCGUCUUAGUUCCCACAAUAGUCGUAUAUAUAUCGGAUGGAAAGAUACAAUCGACAGCGAGAUGCCUCCUAGAUUCUGGAUCUACUAUCAGCAGAAUAUCGAAGCGGUUUACCGACUCUAUAAAGCUGACCACGCUCACUUUGGACCCAGAGUCAUUAUGUCCUUUGACUUUAACUUCGAGGUUCGAUGCCGAGCGGCAUAUCGACGUCAUGCUAAGAGUGAAUAGUCGCAUGAACCUCAAAACGCCUUCUAAAAAUCUGCCCGCCGACGUCAAGGAGAAUUUUAUCAACUUAUGUUUGGCAGAUUCAAACUUCUUUGAGCGAUCCACAGUCGACAUUAUCAUUGGUGCCGACAUCUAUACAAAGAUAGUUUUCGACGGUUCGAUCACGAGGCCCGGACUGCCAACAGCCCUCAACACCAUAUUUGGCUGGGCAAUUUAUGGACCACAUUUGUUCUAGCCGAUAUUUCUGUCCUGAAGUAAAAAUUUGUUGAUAACAUAAAAUAUUUUGUUCUAUUCUGAAGUAAAGUAAUGAAUUCCGAUGAAAAUUUUGCACUAUUUUGUAUUUAUUUUUAUUCUUGCGAACGAAACACAAACUUUCCUUUUCAGCUACCAUUCAGAUUACGUUGUAAUCCGGAAAAGUACACACGACAUGAACUUGUCCUCAUUUCUUUCAUUGCAGUGUAACUGCAAGGUGGGCGGCGAUGUUAAUGUCAAUACCGUGGGUGAAAGGAAAAUAUCCUAACUUCUGGCAUCUCAGGU